GACGAGAACAAGAGGCGGCAGGGUGGCGCCAAGGGCGUUUGCACGAACUCCACCUCAACCUCUACCCAGUGCAAGGAUAGCAAACAUUGCUCUGCGCAUGAGUGCUGUGAGAAGAAGAUGGACGACAAGAAGAGAUAGCAGGGAGCAGCAUGGCAUAGGGGUUCAACUUCAGGAGGGGUUUAGGGUAUAG